AUGGUUCAGAACAAGGGCGUCAUCUUCAAGGAGGUGCCAGAUGGCUGGCCUGUUCCUGGCAAGCACCUCGUCGUCGAGGACCGUCCGAUUGACCUCGACCAAGACCUCGCACCAGGUGCCAUCCUCGUCAAGAACUACUACGCCUCCUUCGACCCUUACCAGCGCGGCCGCAUGCGCGCGCCCGAGACAAAGUCCUACUCCCCGCCCUUUGAGCUCAACAAGCCCAUUACAAACUCGUCCAUCUUCAAGGUGGUAAAGUCCAACAACGACAAGUUCAAGGCUGGCGAGACGCUCAAGAGCAAAAGCAUCACCCCAAUUGAGGAAUACAGCGUGCUCGAAAAGGACCAAGCAGACCUCUGCUACAGGCUCGAAAACCCGUACAACCUCGACCCCAAAUACUUUCUUGGCCCACUCGGCAUGCCCGGCCUAACCGCCUGGUCUUCCUUCUACGAAAUCGGACAACCCAAAAAGGGCGAAACAAUCUUCAUCUCCGCCGCCUCUGGCGCCGUCGGCCAACUCGUCGGCCAACUAGCCAAGCACGAGGGCCUCACCGUCAUCGGCUCCGUAGGCAGCGACGACAAGCUCGCCUACAUUACAAAGGACCUCAACUUCGACGCCGGCUUCAACUACAAGACCGAGUCGCCCGCCGCCGCCCUCGCCCGCCUCGCCCCCAACGGCAUCGACAUCUACUACGAAAACGUCGGUGGCGAGCAACUAGAAGCCGCCAUCAACGCCAUGAACAACUUUGGCCGCAUCGUCGCCUGCGGCAUGAUUUCCCAAUACAACCUCAAGCCUAGUGAACAGUACCCGAUUCGCAAUCUCAUGCAGGUUGUGGCCAAACGGCUCACCAUGCGCGGCUUCAUUGUCGCGGACGAGAAUAUGGGACCAAAGCAUGCGCGCGAGCAUCAGGAGAAGCUGCAGAAGUGGCUUAGUGAGGGGAGUUUCAAGGCGAGGGUUAGUGUUACGCAGGGGAUUGAGCGGGCGCCAGAGGGGUUUGUGGGUAUGUUGAGGGGGGAGAAUUUUGGAAAGGCGGUGUUGGAGAUUGCGGAUUUGAGCAAGGAGUAG